AUCUUGCUACAAACACAAACAGAGAGGAGCGGCCGCCGCGGGAGCGCCAGCGCCCCCUCCCCCGCCGCCGCUGCCGCUGCCGUCGCCGCCGCCGCCCCCUGGCCCGCCGCGCGCGCCGCCAACGCCCCGGCACCGGAGCCUCGCGCCGCCCGCCGCGUUGCGCUGCUUCUCACACCGGGAGCCACUCCUCCUCGGUCUGCUCCUUAAAGCCGGGACAGAAAGGCGAAGGCCAGAAGCGGAAGCAUCCGGGAGAGCCGCCUUUGCCACUCCCUGGAAGGGAGGGAGGAGUUGUGUGGAGUCGUGGACUUGAUGGAAACUGUGGAGGCCCUGGGGUCCAGCCUCCCCACCAGCCAGUGAGGGAAGCCCCCGUGCAGCUCCCUGAGACCUUGCCCACCUGUCCUCGCUUGGAACCACCAGGGAUGAGCCGCCUCCUGAGAGCUGUUCCUUAAGAGGGACAGGUCACUGCCACUGCCACUGUUUCUAUCGACCUCAUUUCUACUUUAUGGAUCUUUUCCGGAUGUGAAGCUCCCUCCUUGGGUGCCACUGCAGUCAGAUCAUCAUCCUGUAGCUUGGGGACCUUGGUUCAUUCCAGCAUUGGCCCCUGCCUGAAGAGAGCCCAGUCCCGGCCCGACCUGCUUCCUGGGGGCAAGGCUGCCAAGUCUUCCCUCCUCGUGACAGUUCGGUUAACUCAUGGUGUGUGGCACGUGGCUGGCUUAGGUGUUUGGAGAGUGAACGCGCCAGGUCCCCGCUCCUCCCUUCAGCCCCUCUGACCUCGAGGACACGCCCACCUCCAUAAUGGCAGCAGAGACCCUCAAUUUUGGGCCUGAGUGGUUGAGAGCCCUUUCCAGUGGUGGCAGCGUGGCCUCCCCGCCCCCCUCCCCCGCCAUGCCCAAGUACAAGCUGGCUGACUACCGCUACGGGCGAGAGGAGAUGCUGGCGCUCUACAUCAAGGAGAACAAGGUGCCUGAUGAGCUGCAGGACAGGGAGUUUGCUGCGGUGCUACAGGAGGAACCGCUGCAGCCGCUGGCGCUGGAGCCGCUGACCGAGGAGGAGCAGAGAAACUUCUCCCUGUCAGUGAACAGUGUGGCUGUGCUGAGGCUGAUGGGGAAAGGGGCUGGCCCCCCCCUAGGUGGCACCUCCCGUGGCAGGGGCAGCACUCGGAGCCGAGGCCGGGGCCGUGGUGACAGUUGCUUUUACCAAAGAAGCAUUGAAGAAGGCGAUGGAGUCUUUGGCCGAAACCCCCGGGAGAUCCAGCGAAGCCAGAGUUGGGAUGACAGAGGGGAGAGAAGGUUUGAGAAGUCGGCCAGGAGGGAUGGAGCACGAUCCGGGUUUGAGGAGGGAGGGGCUGGCCCGAGGAAGGAACAUGCCCGCUCGGAUAGCGAGAACUGGCGUUCUCUUCGAGAGGAGCAAGAGGAAGAGGAGGAGGGCAGUUGGAGACUCGGGGCAGGACCCCGGCGAGAUGGCGACCGCUGGCGCUCAGCCAGUCCCGAUGGCGGCCCCCGCUCUGCUGGCUGGCGGGAACAUGGGGACCGGCGUCGCAAGUUUGAGUUUGAUUUGCGAGGGGACCGAGGAGGGUGUGGUGAAGAGGAAGGGCGGGGUGGGGGAGGUGGCUCUCACCUGCGGAGGUGCCGAGGGCCUGACGGCUUCGAGGAAGACAAGGAUGGGCUCCCGGAGUGGUGCCUGGAUGACGAGGAUGAAGAGAUGGGCACCUUCGAUGCCUCUGGGGCCUUCCUGCCUCUCAAGAAGGGCCCUAAAGAGCCCAUUCCUGAGGAGCAGGAGCUUGACUUCCAGGGCCUAGAGGAAGAGGAGGAAGAGCCUCCCGAAGGGCUAGACGAGGGGGGGCCUGAGGCAGGAGGGAAGGAGCUGACCCCACUACCUCCUCAGGAGGAGAAGUCCAGUUCCCCCUCCCCACUGCCCACCUUGGGCCCACUCUGGGGAGCUAAUGGGGAAGGGGAUGACGCCGCAGACAAGGACCUGCCAGCAGCUGAAGAUGAUGUGAGGGGACUGCCGCUGAGUCCUGGGGUAGGCUCACCGCCUGGCCCACCUGGAGAUCUGGAGGAUGAUGAAGGCCUGAAACACCUGCAGCAGGAGGCGGAGAAGCUGGUGGCCUCCCUGCAGGACAGCUCCCUGGAGGAGGAGCAGUUCACGGCCGCCAUGCAGGCCCAGGGCCUGCGCCACUCAGCAGCUGCCACUGCCCUCCCGCUCAGCCAUGGCGCGGCCCGGAAGUGGUUCUACAAGGACCCCCAGGGGGAGAUCCAAGGCCCCUUCACGACACAGGAGAUGGCAGAGUGGUUCCAGGCGGGCUAUUUUUCCAUGGCGCUGCUUGUGAAGCGGGGCUGCGAUGAGGGCUUCCAGCCCCUGGGGGAGGUGAUCAAGAUGUGGGGUCGUGUGCCCUUUGCCCCAGGACCCUCGCCACCCCCACUGCUGGGCAACAUGGACCAGGAGCGGCUAAAGCAGCAGCAGGAGAUGGCCGCGGCGGCCUUGCACCAGCAGCUGCAGCACCAGCAGUUUCUGCAACUGGUCGGCAGCCGGCAGCUCCCGCAGUGCGCGCUCCGGGAGAAGGCGGCUCUGGGGGACCUGAGCCCGCCGCAGCAGCAGCAGCUCGCAGCGUUCCUGCAGCAGCUCCAAGCUCUCAAACCGCCCAGAGGCGGGGACCAGAACCUGCUCCCGACCAUGAACCGGUCCUUGUCAGUGCCGGAUUCGGGCCCCCUCUGGGACAUACAUACCUCAGCCUCAUCACAGUCAGGCGGUGAGGCCAGUCUUUGGGACAUACCAAUUAACUCUUCGACUCAGGGUCCAAUUCUAGAACAACUCCAGCUGCAACACAAAUUCCAAGAGCGCAGAGAAGUGGAGCUCAGGGCGAAGCGGGAGGAGGAGGAGCGCAAGCGGCGGGAGGAGAAGCGGCGGCAGCAGCAGCAGGAGGAGCAGAAGCGGCGGCAGGAGGAGGAGGAGCUGUUUCGCCGUAAGCAGGUGCGGCAGCAGGAGCUCCUGCUGAAGCUGCUCCAGCAGCAGCAGGCGGUGGCCGCUGUCCCCGUGCCGCCGGCGCCCAGCUCUCCGCCCCCGCUGUGGGCCGGUCUGGCCAAGCCGGGGCUGUCCAUGAAGACGCUGCUCGAGCUGCAGUUGGAGGGGGAGCGGCAGCUGCACAAGCAGCCCGCGCCCCGGGAGCCAUCGCGGGCCCAGGCCCCCAACCACCGCGUGCAGCUUGGGGGCCUGGGCUCGGCCCCCCUGAACCAAUGGGUGUCUGAGACCGGGCCACUGUGGGGCGGGCCCGACAAGAGCGGGGGCGGCAGCGGCAGCCCGGGGCUCUGGGAGGACACCCUCAAGAGCGGCGGGAGCCUGGCCCGCACCCUGGGCCUGAAGAACAGCCGGAGCAGCCCCUCUCUCAGUGACUCGUACAGCCACCUGUCGGGUCGGCCCGUGCGCAAAAAGACGGAGGAGGAAGAGAAGCUGCUGAAGCUGCUGCAGGGCAUCCCCAGGCCCCAGGACGGCUUCACCCAGUGGUGCGAGCAGAUGCUGCACACGCUGAGCACCACGGGCAGCCUGGAUGUGCCCAUGGCUGUAGCGAUCCUCAAGGAGGUGGAAUCCCCCUACGACGUCCAUGAUUAUAUCCGUUCCUGCUUGGGGGACACGCUGGAAGCCAAAGAAUUUGCCAAACAGUUCCUAGAGCGGAGGGCCAAGCAGAAAGCCGGCCAGCAGCGGCAGCGGCAGCAGGAGGCGUGGCUGAGCAGUGGCUCCCUACAGACAGCCUUUCAGACCAACCACAGCACCAAACUCGGCCCUGGGGAGGGCAGCAAGGCCAAGAGGCGGGCGCUGAUGCUGCACUCAGAUCCUAGCAUCUUGGGGUACUCCCUGCACGGACCUUCUGGUGAGAUCGAGAGCGUGGAUGACUACUGACCAGCCCAUCCCACCAGCCCCUGGGCUGUAGGCCGGGGGCGGCAGCAGCGGCUUGGACCCUUGGGUCCCCAGCCUGCAGGCUCCCCACAGGGAGCGUAGGAGGAAGCAGGGGCAGGGUCCCCAGCACUUGUUACAAACCACACGAUGCACCUUAACUCACCCACCACGAGGCACUUUACAGAAUGGGGGGGAAGGGUUUUUGUUUUUUGGUUUUUUGUUUUUGUUUUCUCUUGGGAAAAAAAAACAAACAUUUUAAACAACCCUGAAGAAAACGUUAGGAGAGACAAGAAAAAAGAAAAUUGUCCAAAACUAGACUCUAAGCACCCCUUUCCCCUCUAGGGACAGUGAGGGUGACAAUGGAAGGUCCACAGAGGUUUUUUGGGAUUUUUUGUUCUUUGUUUUUUGUUUUUUUAAGAAAAAGAAAAAGAAAAAAAAAGUUAGGAGAUUGAAAGAAAAAAAACACACUGUUAUUUUGGGGCAGUGGGGACAUGGGCCCCACGGACCUGUCCUGCCUGGCCCCCAAGGCUGCACUUACCCUCCCUGCCCCGCACAGUGGGCCAUUGGGGUAACUGGAAGCUGGGGUGCCAGCAGUUUGCACAGCGAGGCCCCCUCAGCCCCGCCAGCCGGACCCGCUGUGAACGGCUCCCUUUGUUGCUGUGACUGUGGCAGAGGUGUCCGGGGUCGGGGCCAAAGUAGCCCCUCGGCUUUGCUGCUUUGGGGGAAGAGUUGCACAAAUGGGCCGGGCGGCCUCCGCUCUCCGGGCUGCCGUCCUGUGCUGGCUGAUGAAGUAGAGGGGAAAGGGCCAGCCAGCGCCAACCUCAUCUGGCUGUCGGGGUGGUGGAGGUUCCGCUCUGGCCCUGGUGAGGGGCUUCCCCCACUGCUGCCAUUUUGGCAGGGGGACGGCCUGGGCGUGAAGCUGAAAGCCUCAGCUCCCUGCCUUGCCACAUGAAUGUAUCCUUCGGGCCACAAGCCCCCACUGCGCCUUCUGCCUCUACCCUGCGCGAGGUGGGAGUGGAGCAGUGCCUCCAGGAGCUGGAGAGAGAGGCACCACUUCGGGACUGUUUGCUCCUGCGAAAGGGGCCGGAAGAGGGCCUAGGAGGCGGAGGGAGUGGGCAGUGCGGGGCUCCAGGUUGCGGCGUGGGGGCUGUUCGAAGGGAGUUCCCUGCCUGCAGCCAGCUAUGUGGGCUGCAGACCACCCAGCUCUGCUCUGACCCCUCCAUUGACCAAAUGGGAGAGGAGCAAGCAGCCUCUCCCCUUCCUGCUCCCCCGAUGCGUUUUUCAUGUUGGGUAAGGUGCGGGGGUCCAGAAUGGAAGUGUCGUCUCUCCUGGGUCAGGGGUAGGCUGCCCUUCUGUCGCUCACCAACUUUUAUUCCCAGUCACCUACCUGGGUUUGUCUCCGUUUGUGGAUUUUUUUUUCUUUUCUUUUUUUUUUUUAAAGUUUCUCUUUUGGGUUUUUCAUUUAACUUCUCCCAUCGACCUCAUUGCUCAGAGCGCAGUAUUAGGGCAGGAGUCUGCCACUGCCUCCCCUCCAUGAAUGUAUUUAUCCUUCCUGCCCUGGGGAAAUGGGGAGUGGCCUGUUUUCUUUCCCCAUCCAUCCCCAGAGAGACCACAUUUUGUUUUGUUUUGUUUUUGUUUUAUUUUGCACCAAAGUGGCAACUGGGUCAGUGUUGGGGGAUAAAGCUGGCCUCGGGGGUGGAGGGGCACCCUCCGCCCGCUUCUCCCUGGUUUCAACAGUGUUAGCGUCCGUGAAAAGACAAUAUUCUCUCUAAAGCAAUAAGGGGGUGAUGGGCCAGGGGGAAAUGUCUUGCUGCUGCUGGCCCCCCGCUCCCCCCUUCCUCAUGCCAGUAUUUGGCGGCUAGAGGAGUCGGGGGGGUACUGUUGUGACUGAAUGUAACCGCCCCCACCCCUGCCGCAGCCAAUGCAGGGGAGGGGGGUGACGCUCUUCCCUGUCUCUCCCUUCCCCUUCCCCCCAGCUAAAGAGACUUUGAACUUAGGGGGCCCUUGAGCCUGGAGAGGCCUUAACCCUGUGAGGAAGUGUAGGGGGAGCCCUCUCCCACCCCCAUCCCCUUCUGAGAGUGGUCAAUGUUUACAAGCCCCUGAGCCCCCCAGCCCAGGGGCUCCAACCCCAUUGCUGUCCUUUCCCUCCCACCCGUCUCCCUGGGCCCCAGCUGCUCUCCCACCCUCCCUGGGUUGGGGUGGGUGCAGGGGCUGUUCUGUAUCCCCUUGUCUGCCUUGGACCCAAAACCUCCCCUACCCCCACCCUGUGUGACUCCCCUCUUCUCCCUGCCCCUGUAAAUACUCCCCUUCCCCCAAUAAAACUCGGUGUGUGUUC